AUGUUCUCCUCAAGCAUGUGUUCUCUAGAGUUCCAGGGCACCGAGGCAAGGCUAGUUCUCCCGGCGGGCUUUACCCUCACGGCCGUGAGCACCGGGGCCAGCGGCGAGCUGGUCGCCAGCUUCACUAGGGAGAGCCUGGGGGAGCCUGCCUCCCCCUCAGGCAGCACAUCCAGCCCAGUCUCGGCGGGACGACUGACUCCCUCACCGCCAGAACCGUGCCUUUUGCCCCCAGAGGAGUCGUGGCACGCUCCCGUCGAGACUCAAGUGCCAACUUAUCCCCUGCUUGAGCCAUGGAGUACUUCCUCCGAGGAGUCGUGGCACGAUCCCGACGAGACUCACGUGCCAACUCCCCCCCUGGUAAUGCCAUGGUAUUUUCCUACAGAGGAGCCGUGGCUCACUCCACCUGAGGUACCAGAGCCAAUUCUGAACUGGUCAGAGCCAGGGCAAAUUCCCCAGGAGGAGAUGUGGCUCACUCCACCUGAGGCGCCAGAGCCAAUUUUCAACAUGGCAGAGUCAAGGCAAAUUCCCCAGGAGGAGAUGUGGCUCACUCCACCUGAGGCGCCAGAGCCAAUUUUCAACAUGGCAGAGUCAAGGCAAAUUCCCCAGGAGGAGAUGUGGCUCACUCCACCUGAGGCGCCAGAGCCAAUUUUCAACAUGGCAGAGCCAGGGCAAAUUCCCCAGGAGGAGAUAUGGCUCACUCCACCUGAGGCGCCAGAGCCAAUUCUGUACUUGGCAGAGCCAGGGCAACUUCCCGGGGAGGAGCUGUGGCUCACUCCACCUGAAGCACCCCAAGAUGAGCCAUGCCAUGAUCCCAUAAAUUGGAUCCGGCUAUCUUCGCCCCGGUAUAAUUCACCGUGGUCCAGCUCAUCAUCGUCUUCCGAGUCACUAGUGCCAACUUAUCCGGACUCUCCAGUGACAACUCCGGAGCCUCCCUUGACAAGUUCUCCGGAGCCUCUCGUGCCAAAUCCCACGAGUAGCAUCCCGGCACCUCCCGGAGACUCCUCUUCUUCUCAUGAUUCGGAGGAACGUACAAUUCACCACCACCACCACGUGCACCAUCACUCCCACCACCACGUGCACCAUCAUUACAGGACUUCCCGCACCAAGAAGCGCUCCUGGUCAACGAGAAAACCACCCAGGCCAAAGCCGCCCUUCCCGUCUUCGGUGCCGGAACCAUUCGCGGGUUACAUUCCUCCGCCCCUCUAAAAAAUGAAAAAAUAUGAAAAAAAUUGAAAAAAUGAAAAAAGGCCAAAAAAAAUGGCACCAAAAAAAUCACCAAGAAGCAACAAAUACCACAACGUCAACACCAAGGCCUCCUCUUCCCUCUCCCCAGGAAAGGAGGUCCCUCAACACACACACCACAACCACCCAAUCAACGUCAACACCAAGGCCUCCUCUUCCCUCUCCCCAGGAAAGGAGGUCCCUCAACACACACACCACAACCACCCAAUCAACGUCAACACCAAGGCCUCCUCUUCCCUCUCCCCAGGAAAGGAGGUCCCUCAACACACAAGAAACACAUCAACAUCAACACCAAUAGCCACAAAAAACAAUAGCCACAAAAA